AUGAUCGACGAUCCAGAUUUCAUCAGUCAACACAUGAACCAUUCCACUAAAACUAACACUAACAAAUCCCUUUUCUUCAAAGAAGUAUUUUCCGGUAACUUAUAUGAUCUGGACCUGGAUAGUCUACACCCUUGUGGUCCCAUCCAAUACCGUGACCUGCCGGAGGAACUGAGCGACAGAUACAAGUUAGUAGUCGGGUUAUGCAAUGGUUUACUUUGUAACAAAAGUCUGAGAGACAAUGAAUUUUUGAUACAUAAUCCUUCCACCAGAAAACACUACUCUUUUCCAAGCUUUUUUCCGUCUAAUUGCACACGUCAAGAAGGGAUUGGAUUUGGGUAUGAUAGUGUCAUGUGUGAUUACAUGAUUGCUAUGAUCGUGCUGGUUGAGCCAUUGGGUAUAUUCCAAUCUCAGAUUUUUAUCGGUAAUGUGAGAACAAAAUCAUGUAUUGUUAUUCAAUUGCCUUACUUGGUUACUAGAGAGAUUGAUUAUUGGGUGUUCUUCGCAAGAAAUGUACUUAUGGGUUUGGAUCUUGUAACUGAGGAAUUUCAACAAGUACCGAGAAAUGAGAGUGAUGAUAUAGAUAUGUAUAUUGGGGUAUUAGAAACAUGGUUAUGUGUUUUUGUUCAUGAUUUUAAAGCUGGAAAGCCUGAAAUUGAUGUAUGGGUUAUGAAAGAUUAUGAGGCUCAAGAAUCUUGGACUAAGCUUUUUACGAUCCCUUAUGAUGUUUUGAGCGGUAAUAAUUGUCAAAUUGCCGCUUCUCUCGGUAUCUCGAAGACGGGUUUAGAAGUUUUGUUGGAAGUGGAUUGUAGCAGGCUUGUUUGGUAUGAGAUUGAAGGAAAAAAGGCGGUAGAUAUUACGGUUCAAGGAUUCAAAAAUACCCCAUUUGUAACCCUUAUUUGCUUGAGAAGUCUUGUUCCACUAGAUGCUAGUGUUGUAGGAUUUGAUGAAGAUGAGCCAAGCAAUCAAAGAAGGAUGAUUUCUUGUCGAUGGGAUUCAAGCUCAAACUGUAGUAAAAAAGAUGAAAAUAGUAUUAAGGAUGUUCAACAGAUGGUCUUAUAUGACGAUGAUGAUGUUAUUGUAAAUUUGCAAUGA